GACGACGAAGCGUAUACAAGCGCAAGGCACGCACGACUUUGCAUGCUCUCGAGCCUAGUUCCAAAAUUCCGUAACGGUGUCGGAGAACUUCGGCUUAGCGGUGUGUCGUGGGGGGGCAUCCUCAACAUGGGGCGCAGGUGAGCAAGAAUUCGGCGCAGACCAUCCUGGUACGCCAGAGCCUUGUUACUGCGUCCCAGUGUGGUAACGGUGACAACAAUGGCCCAAGUGGUAGCCCCCGUGGAAGACCGACAUGCCGAUGAGGAAGCUGUCCAGAUGAACGCACAGGACCGCAUGCAGCAUGUGGAAGAGGGCGGCAGGUUUCGGAAGGAUUCGCAGGUCGGUCUUGACGGAAACACCGUAGAUGCCGCCGCUGUCACUUUAGGGACGGCUCCGUCCAAAACCAUACCAACUCUCUAAACAAUCCGACGAGACCAUGAGAGCCUCCGGAGAGCACGCCGUCGACCAGAAAGAACGCUGUACCACACCUAGACCACUUUCUGCACGAGACGACAUUGGGACGCAGGACGGUCUCGAUAUCAACUGCGAGCACAUCGAGCCACCCAUUCUGACAACGAAGAUCAAACCCAUUGGAGAGGUCGGGGACUUCCAACACAACGCGGCCUACAAAGGAGGACCCCUGCCUGAUGCAGCGUCACUUCAAGCUUCACUUGUCCUCUGCGAAGAGGUCUUUCCAGGAGGACUUCCGGUAGCUCUUCCAGCACUGGAAGUGGUGCUUCCACCACCUGCCGGAACAGCAACGAACCUCGAGGCUUCGUUGACGGAAAGUGUCCCCGACGACGCGAAGACAGAGAAUCACGAGCUAGACUUCGUCGAACAUCUAAAAGAGGUGACUCGGCCGGGUUCGCCGUACAUCCAAGGGCUUAAGAACGGCACGGCAGACAUCUCGAACCGCCUCGUACACCCAGAAAGGGGUCGACCGAAUGAAAGCAAAAGAAUCCUCAAGGACUUUGCGUGGGAACAAACUGACGGUCUGUCUACGAUUCCGGAAGUUUCUGAAGGAGACUCCAGGAACUCUCGCGAGACUUCGAAGCUUAGCAUGGUUGACAAGUCUUCCUCAACCGCAUCAUUGUGCGCUUCUCUGGGGGUUUCAAAAUCGGAAUUGAGAGACUUGGAUGCUCUAGCGAUGCAGGAGUUGCGACGCGUUCGUGACCGCUCGACGGACAAGGUGGCCCACCUGGACGACUCGACGCAGACGAUAGCGUUGCAGACGGGAACUGGUUGGCGCAAAGUGCUAGCUGUCGUCUUGAACGUCUCCCUUUUCAUGGCUGGCAUCUAUUCGCACUAUGCUUUUGGGCACUAUUUGAAAGAUAUUUACGAGAUAGGGUUCGAGCAAUGAAGUCACUACCGUGCAGCGAGUGACAGGAAGUGUCCAAGCAUCCUCCUCCAGGUGCUCCCUGGUACAUCUGCGGUAAUCUGUAUCCGUGGUAAUUGGAUGUGGUAUGUUAUUUUUCAAUCUUGGUUAUGUGACGUGCCUUAGGUAGCUGGUGGAUUAUAUAUCCUUGCGGACACACCCCAUUACUACGGGCAAUUUAUAUCUAUUCCGGCGCUCCAUCUUCCUAUCUGCACAAACAUUGAUCUGUCAUUAAAAUGAACUGCAGCCAGUGA